AUGUUUCGAUCUCUGUCACGCUUGACAGGUAGCCUGGCUCACCUUCGCCUACGAGAUGACCGAGAGGCCCAGAGAGAAAAAGCCUUUGGCGUGCUAUGUGACAUGUUUACAUUGUUGAAGAAUAUGCCCAGUGUUUAUAUUCAACCCGGUGAUUUUCAAUCCCUGCCAGUAAACAUCGACAUGAAGGCUCUGCCAUUAAAUGAUGUCACUAUCGAGGAGACUCCCCGUGCUACGGUACAAACUGAGGUGAAAUUCUUUCUUCCUCUUUCCCACGAAAGCAUCUCAUCCAAGUACAAAAUGAACUUGGAGUCCCCCGAGAUCAGCGAACGUUUCUCCCAGGUAAACCGAUUGACUGAUGGCAAUUGUCCCGUGCUAAUGGAGUUGGGAUGCUGGAAUAAGCAAGAGCACCUGGACUAUUUAGCUUAUAGACUCAUGUGGGAAGUGGACGUUGUCCCCAGAAUGGGGACUGAAGGCAACUCAAGACCCCUGAGGGUAGUUACGGGCUGGAAGUCCCCUGGAUUUUCCUUUGCGGCAAGAUUCGAACCUUACCUCCAUACCUACGACUCCCCGUACAGUGAGCUGGCUAAUUGUUGGGUUAAGAGCGGCAUACCACAUAUCAAGAUAGCCGUGUACAAUACUAGUCAAGGGGAUCCAAAGCUUUUACUCUGCUCUGAGAUUCUCACCGUAAUUGCUGCAAUCGCUACCCGUCUCAUGGAUAAAGGGCUCGAAAAACAUCUUAUCAUUCCUGUACGCAAAUUUUUCCUAAGUGAUGCCCUCUCACUACGGCUUUCGUAUCUUUGUUGCUGA